AUGGAAGAAGUAGGGACCAAAUGGAAGGGGGGUAUGGACAAAUGGAAGGGUAUGGACAAAUGGAAGGGGUGUGCCAUCGCCCAGUGUGCCAUCACCCAGUGUGCCAUCACCCAGUGUGCCAUCACCCACAGUGUGCCAUCGCCCAGUGUGCCAUCGCCCAGUGUGCCAUCACCCAGUGUGCCAUCGCCCACAGUGUGCCAUCGCCCACAGUGUGCCAUCGCCCACAGUGUGCCAUCGCCCAGUGUGCCAUCACCCACAGUGUGCCAUCGCACAUGUGCCAUCACCCAGUGUGCCAUCGCCCACAGUGUGCCAUCACCCAGUGUGUGCCAUCACCCAGUGUGUGCCAUCACCCAGUGUGCCAUCGCCCACAGUGUGCCAUCGCCCACAGUGUGCCAUCGCCCAGUGUGCCAUCACCCAGUGUGCCAUCACCCACAGUGUGCCAUCGCCCACAGUGUGCCAUCGCCCACAGUGUGCCAUCGCCCACAGUGUGCCAUCGCCCACAGUGUGCCAUCGCCCACAGUGUGCCAUCGCCCACAGUGUGCCAUCGCCCACAGUGUGCCAUCGCCCCACAGUGUGCCAUCACCCACAGUGUGCUAUCACCCAUGCCAAUAA